UUGCCAUGAAAAUUUCCACUUUGAAUUAGUAUGUGAAUACAACUUGAAAGAAACUCAAGAACCCCACACGAUGUGGAGACUUAAAUUCAUUGGUUGCCGCAAUAUUUCCAUCAAUUCUCAUUGGUUAUAUUCCUAAAUAGUUUAGGACCCUACUAAAAAAAUAGAAGGCCAAAUGGUAAGACUGUAAAUACAAGCCAAAUUUGAGCCAUUUCCAUUAUAUAUUUCCUAUAACUAGCUAUUCUUGCUGCACACCAGCAGCAGCAACAACACUAGCAGUAUGCCAAUGGCUUGGUUUGGCGUAACGCCUUCGAAACUUGAGCUUCCAUCACUACUACUUUCUCUGCUGCUUGUAUUACAGUUGUUAUGUUUUAUCCAUCCAGCACUCUCAGAAGUUAUAUUCGAAGAGCGAUUUGAAGAUGGUUGGAAGAGCAGGUGGGUGGUAUCAGACUGGAAACGAAGCGAGGGAAAAGCAGGCACAUUCAAACAUACAGCAGGAAGAUGGGCUGCUGAUCCUGAUGAUAAAGGUAUUCAGACUUCAAUUGAUGCAAAGCAUUCUGCCAUAUCUGCAAAGAUACCAGAAUUCACCAACAAGAACAGAACAUUGGUCCUUCAGUAUUCCAUCAAAUUCGAACAGGACAUCGAAUGUGGUGGUGGUUAUAUAAAGCUUCUAUCUGGAUUUGUCAAUCAGAAGAAAUUUGGUGGAGAUACUCCUUACAGUUUGAUGUUUGGACCAGACAUUUGUGGUUCAGAUACAAAAAAGCUUCAUCUUAUCUUAUCAUACCAAGGCCAAAACUAUCCUGUAAAGAAGGACCUGCAAUGCGAAACAGACAAGUUAACACAUUUCUAUACAUUCAUACUUCGGCCAGAUGCUACUUACAGCCUCCUUGUUGACAAUCGAGAGAGAGACUCAGGAAGUCUUUACACGGAUUGGGAUAUCCUUCCUCCGCGAAAGAUCAAGGAUGUCAAAGCUAAAAAGCCUGCUGAUUGGGAAGAAAAAGAAUAUAUUGAUGAUCCUAAUCAUGUCAAACCUGAGGGUUAUGAUUCAAUACCAUCCGAAAUUCCUGACCCGAAUGCCAAACAGCCCCCUAAUUGGGAUGAGGAUGAGGAUGGCUUAUGGAAACCUCCAAGAAUACCAAACCCGGAAUACAGGGGGCCAUGGAAGAAAAGAAAAAUCAAGAACCCCAACUACAAAGGAAAGUGGAAGACUCCAUGGAUUGACAAUCCAGAGUUUGAAGAUGAUCCUGAUCUUUAUGUACUGAAGCCUAUCAAGUAUGUGGGUAUAGAAGUCUGGCAGGUAAAAGCAGGAUCAGUGUUUGACAACAUUUUAAUAUGUGAUGAUCCGGAAUAUGCAAAACAAGUAGUUGAUGAAGUUUUUGCCAAUAGAGAGAUUGAAAAGGAGGCGCUUGAAGAAGCAGAGAAAGUGAGAAAAGCGCAAGAGGAGGAGGAAUCUCGAAGAGCAAGAGAAGAAGGUGAAAGAAGGAGAAGAGAAAGGGGUUAUGAUCGACAUCCACGACACAAGGAUCGCCACAGAGAGCGUUACAGACGGCAUCAUCGCCGUGACUAUCUUGAUGAUGAUUAUCAUGAUGAAUUGUAAGGGCUGUACAAGAGUAUUUUGCAUCACACAGUGGCUUUUUGAGCGCAAUUUUGUAACAUCAUCUGUUCGUCGUCAUAUUUCCUGUCAAAGGCAGAUAUAUUAGUUCCAGUUCACCUAAACAUUUAUGGGUUUUGAGAUACUCAUUCUUCUGAGAAAUAGAUACCUGAAGUUAUUUCAAUAUUUCCGUUUUGAACUGCAUAUAUAUAUAUAAUACAAUAGUUCCAGUUCUCUUUUUUUUGGACAAGCUAUUUACCUUAGUGAGGUCUGAUUUCUAUUCCAUGGAAUUAGUUUAGAU